UUUUUACCCCGGUUAUGUGACUGAAUUGGAUUGAAGUGAAUUCAGUUGGUUAUGUCAGUUCUGCUGCGGUUUUGUCUUUACAAUAACAUGAUUAUAUCACUGGAACUUACUUUACUACAUUUAUAACGCCUCAGAAUAGUUUAAAGGGCAACUCAAGCGUAAUGGCAGUGAACUCCAUCCACUGGUUCCGUAAAGGACUGCGUCUCCAUGACAACCCCGCUCUGCUGGAGGCAGUGAAGGGGGCCGACACCCUGCGCUGCGUCUACUUCCUGGACCCCUGGUUCGCUGGGGCAUCAAACCUGGGUGUCAACAGGUGGAGGUUUCUGCUGCAGUCUUUGGAGGAUCUGGACUGUAGUCUUCGUAAACUCAACUCCUGUCUGUUCGUCAUCCGCGGUCAGCCGGCCAACAUCUUCCCCCGGCUAUUUAAGGACUGGAAUGUUUCUCGACUGACGUUUGAGUGCGACUCGGAACCGUUCGGGAAGGAACGAGACGCAGCGAUAAAGAAACUGGCAUCCGAAGCGGGAGUGGAGGUCAACGUCAAGAUCUCGCACACGCUCUACGAUCUCGACAAGAUUAUGGAGAUGAAUGAUGGUCAGACUCCGCUCACGUAUAAGCGCUUCCAAACUCUAGUGAGCGGCAUGAGUCCGCCAGAACCCCCAGUAGAACCUCUGACCAAAGAACUCAUGAAGAACUGUGUCACACCUGUCAGUGACACCCACAGAGAGAGAUACGGAGUGCCCUUACUGGAGGAACUGGGGUUUGACACGGAGGGUUUGGCUCCUGCCGUUUGGCCUGGAGGAGAAUCAGAAGCUCUGACUCGCAUGGACCGACACCUCGGGCCUGAAUCUGCUGCUGCGUGGCAGGAGAACUUUGAGCGAAUGAAGAUGAACUCUAGUCCUCUGUUGGCAAGUCCGUUGGGUUUGAGUCCAUACCUGCGAUUCGGCUGUCUGUCCUGUCGUCUUUACUACUACAAACUCACCGAACUCUACAAGAAGGUGAAGAAUAAUGGAAACCCGUCCAUCUCGCUCUACGAUAAGAUCUUAUGGAGGGAGUUUUUCUAUACGGCGGCCACUAAUAACCCGCGCUUCGACCAGAUGGAGGGAAACCCCUUCUGCAUCCGCAUCCCAUGGGAUAAGAACGCACAGGCGCUGGCCAAGUGGGCGGAGGCUAAAACAGGAUUCCCUUGGAUCGACGCGAUCAUGACGCAGCUGCGACAGGAGGGCUGGAUUCAUCAUCUGGCGCGUCACGCGGUGGCGUGUUUCCUGACGCGAGGAGAUCUGUGGAUCAGCUGGGAGGAGGGCAUGAAGGUGUUUGAAGAGCUGUUAUUGGACGCUGACUGGAGCGUAAACGCGGGCAGCUGGCUCAGUCACUCCUGCAGCUCCUUCUUCCAGCAGUUUUUCUACUGUUACUGUCCCGUUGGGUUUGGACGCAGAAUCGACCCCAACGGAGACUUCAUCAGACGUUAUUUACCUGUCCUCCGAGAUUUCCCAGCAAAGUUCAUCUAUGACCCCUGGAACGCUCCGGAGGACGUGCAGAUCGCUGCCAAGUGUGUGAUCGGAGUGGAUUACCCCAAACCCAUGGUGAACCACGCCGAGGCGAGUCGACUGAACAUCGAGAGGAUGCGGCAGAUCUACCAACAUCUGUCCCGAUACAGAGGACUCAGUCUACUCGCGACUGUGCCGUCCAAUCACAUGGAGGAAAUGAACGUGAAUGAAGCGAGAGGAGCAGCAGCGCCCCCUACACACCGAAAGACACACAGGGUCAGGAGAGAGCAGAGGGGAAGUCACGAGCAGCUCGGACCAAGCAGAACGCAACAUCUCACCGCGAAACACCAACACGCUCUCGGCCACCGUACAUCGCCCUACACCACUCAGAGCAAUUUGACAGGUCACACCCACGAGUUCGCAGUCCCACAACAACCAGGACGUCUAUUUGGACCGGUUUGGAGUGGGACGGGAAGGAGAGAAAGGGAGUCAGAGCAGGAUGGUUGCCAUGGUGAGAAUGGCCCCUCCUCCACUCUGAAAGUGCAUCAGCAAGACGAUGAGGUCAGUGAGAGGUCAAAGGAUAAGCCCGGCCUGUUGUGACCUCGAUCUGAAAAACAGCACAGAAAAGAACGUCAGCGCUAAACUCCUGUGUUUGUUUCAAGAGGGUGUGGCCUUCACGUCUUAAGCCCCGCCCACGGAUGGAUUUGCAUAAUGCAUAAUAAACUUCCUUCUGGCGUCUACGACGGUAUUGGACUUCAGAGUAAUGACAAAUGAUUUUCAAAUGUUUUCAGUCAGAUUGAUGAUUUUAGACAUUUUUAUGACAUAGUCAAAAUAUUGAGAGUUGUUAUCAGUUAUGUAAAUACUGUCUUCCAUUACGUUAAUACCGGUUUCUCCGAUGAAUGCCGGCAUUUGGUGGGUGUCUAAAGAAUAACACUAAACAACGGCGUCCUCCAUCGCAUGAGAUAAACACACUUUCAACAUGUGUAUGUACCAGCACCCGUUUCCAUGGUAAUAUAAGUCACAUGAUGUUGACGCUUGGUUGAUAGGCUGACGUCGUCUGGUCAGGUCAGACAAAUCUGGGUCCAAACUAUUUAUAAUUUUGAAUAAAGUUUAAUGGUGCGGUUUCAUCUUCUGUGAAGUUGUUUCCUGUUUUGUUUUAUGUUUUGAGAUGGAAACGUUUCUGACCGUUUGCACAAUGUAUAUAGAAUCAGCACCUGUCUUCCAUCAUCACAGUCACACAUUAUCAUCAGUCUUUCAUUGUGAAGUCAUGACAGUCGUGUCUUAUGAAGCUGUACAUUUUUACCACUUUCAUUUUUCUACAGAAUAUUCAUAGCUGUUUUAAUUUUAUAUGAGAAACCUGAUGUAUAUUGUACCAGCAUUUCUGUUUCCAAGUCUGUAUAUGUUAUUUCAUCAUUCAAUAAAUAAAACUAUUUAUAUAC